AUGGAGCACAGCAGGUUUCUCUCUGGCCUGAUACUGGCUGCCCUUCUCUCCCAAGUGAAUCCUGGCAGUCUAAAACUGACGGAAAUAGAGGACAAAGUAAUUUUGAAAUGCAAUUCCAGCAUCACAGUGCUACAAGGAACAGCAGGACAAGAGAUGUCAGGCAAUAAAAGUCUGGACUUAGGAAAACGUAUCCAGGACCCAAGAGGAAUGUAUCAGUGCAGCAAUGAAAAUGCCAAAUCUACUCUGCAAGUAUACUUUCGAAUGUGCCAGAACUGUGUGGAGCUGGACUCGGCCACCCUGGCAGGCAUCGUCAUCACCGACAUCAUUGCCACUGUACUCCUUGCUUUGGGUGUCUACUGCUUUGCUGGACAUGAGACUGGAAGAUUCUCCAGGGCUGCUGACACUCAAGUUCUGAUGGGGAAUGACCAGCUCUAUCAGCCCCUUCGAGACCGCAAUGAUGCUCAGUACAGCCGUCUUGGUGAUAAGUGGGCUCGGAACAAAUGA